UUGUUCUAUUUAAGAAUUCGCAAAUACUGAAAAUAUUGCAGUUGAACUAAAGCAACUUCAAAAUGAAAAUAUUUACUAAGCUUGUGAUUUUGCUGUUGGGGCUGUUUAUGCUGAUGGAACUUGGAUCCUCCUUUGUUGUUGAAAGGAGUGCUCAUGAUCCACCACAAGGUGGACCACCCGGAGGACAUAAAGAUUUCGCAGGAUUCCGUAGUAUUGUUAAGAGGAGUGCUGAGAAUGAACCACCUCAUGGAGGCCCACCUGGACCACCCGGAGGAAAAAAAGAAUUAGCAGCUUUCCAUAGUGUUGUUAAAAGGAGUGCUCAAAAUGGUCCACCAAACGGAGGACCUCCUGGUGGAGGACCACCUGGAGGACAUCAUGGUCCACCUGGUGGAGGGCCACCCGGUGGAGGUCCACCAGGACAAAAUGGACAAGGUGGUGGUGAAAAUGGACAAAACAAUGAUUCUUCCUCUUAAAAAUAAGAUUUCAACAUUUGUUACUUAUACUUUUGAGGAAUAAACUUUCAAAAAGCAUAAUACAAAAGUG